AUGUCAAAACGUCAAUUAUAUUAAUGUGAAGUUUGAGAGUUUAUCCAAAUAUCAAUAAACAAGUUUGUUGUCAUUUCUAUUUAAAUCAUGGGUUGCUGCGGGUCUAGGGAAGAAAAUAGAACAGAGGCUUCUGAAAGAAAAUGUACCGAUGUUUUUUGGUUGUGUUUAUUUAUUCUUUUCUGGUUUUUAAUGAUUAUUAUUGCUGCUUUCUCUUUUGUCUACGGUAAUCCUUUACGUAUUAUUAAUGGAUAUGAUUCAUUUGGAAAUACAUGUGGUACCCAUCGUAAUAAACCUAUUGGAAACAUGCCUCUUAGUGGCAUUGACACCACUAACAAACCUUACUUGCUAUUUUAUAAUAUCAACGAAUUGAAACAAUCUCUCAAGAUUUGUGUGGAAAAAUGCCCAACAUCAAAAUUAAAUACUGCAACUGAUUUUAAUAAUUAUCACCUUCAAGGAAUUAACUAUUGUAGAUAUGAUUUUAAUUAUGCUGAUUUGAAAAAUCAACAAUCUGAAUUUUUGUUUGGUUCUUUUGGACCCUGUCCCAAUGUACCUGUUUAUGAAAGUACUCCUGUACUGAAUCGCUGCAUUCCAAAACAGGUAACAGAAGUUACAGAAGCAAUUGUUAGUAACUUUUAUGGUCUCCUCAACAGUUGGAGUGUAGUCGAACAAGUUUUAGGAGAUCUUUACAGUACUUGGAAAGAAAUCUUAGGAUUAACUUUCUUAUCCCUUGUUAUAUCGCUACUUACCAUUGGUAUUUUACAUUGUUUGGCACACCUAGUAUCUUACAUCAUCAUGAUAGGCUUCACCAUUGCUGGAUUAGGCGGUACAGCUUUUUUAUGGUACACUUAUUUUGAUAUUAAAUAUCACCUUAACAAAACUGCCAAGUUUAUGCUGCUUUCGGAGUCUGUGAGAAAUGAAACUGCUUUUCUUUGGUAUUCCAUCAUUGCUACUAUAAUUAUGAUUGUAAUAUUAAUUAUCAUAAUUUUCAUGAGGAAGCAAGUGGAUUUUUUAGCAGAUCUAUUCCAAGAAACUUCAAAAUGUCUAAUGCACCUUCCGCAACUAUUCUUUCAACCAAUAUUAACCUUUUCCAUUUUAGUAUUGUUCUUUAUGUUUUGGCUUUUUGUUGUGCUCUGUUUAGCCACGGCAUCUUUUCCCGAAAAGAAUGAAGUUGUACCUGCUAUUAAUAAUUCUACUCGUACUGCAAUUCAAGCCUCGAGACUGGUUUAUCCUACACAGGGCACUCAAAAAAAGGAAAUGAACUUGGAAACGUUUGCCGAUAAAGUAAAGAUUUCGGUGGUGGAAUAUGUAGAUGCUUCAUGGGUAAGAGGUAUGUGGUGGGUGUACUUUAUCGGUUUAAUAUGGACUUCCGAAUUUAUAAUGGCAUGUCAACAGAUGGUGAUAGCCGGUUCUGUCGCCCAUUGGUUUUACAGGCACAAAUAUAAAGACGACAGUCAUUGUUGUUACGCUACAGGAAAAUUGAUCAAAUACCAUCUCGGUACUGUUGCUUUAGGUUCGUUAAUCAUUACGAUAUUCAAGAUUCCCAGAUUGAUACUUAUGUAUCUUCACGAAAAAUGGAACAGAGGAAAAGACAAAGGAAACGAAUGCGCAACUUGUGGUUUGAGAUGUUGCAUUUGUUGUUUUUAUUGUUUGGAAAAAUUUAUUCGUUAUUUGAAUCAUAACGCUUACACUGUUACCGCUAUAGACGGUUCGCAUUUUUGCAAAGCUGCUGGAACAGCUUUUGAAGUAUUAACUACGCACGCACUACAAGUAGCGACCAUAAACAGUUUGGGAGAUUUCAUUUUGUUUUUGGGUAAAUGUUUCGUAACGGCUCUAACAGGAUGCGUCGGUUUAGCGUUAUUCAGAAGAGACGCAGCUUUGACGUUUUAUGCAGCACCCACAUUAGUUGUAUGCGUUUUCUCAUUUUUUGUCGCCCACUGUAUUCUAUCGUUAUACGAGAUGGUUCUGGAUACGGUUUAUUUAUGUAUGUGUCAAAGCGGAGAAGCACCCGAAGGUAUAAAAAUGCAAAAUCUCGGAGUGACUACAAAUGGCAAUCAAAAUACAGAAACAGGACAAUUAAAUAAUUAAUUUAUAAGAAGCGGACAUUCACAUUUACAUUAUAUACAGGGUAUACCACUAUGAGUUACCCAUGACUUUGGGUCAAUUUUACAACCUACGAUAAAAUUAUAAUUUGAACUCUAGUUUAAACCAAGAUUGCUCUAUUUUACAGGUCAUUGUUAAAGAGACAUUCUUCUACUGGUCGUCAUAAAAUUUUUCCGAUAUUUGAUUUAUAGUUGACUUGUUUAAAAAAGUUUUAUCAACAAAAACAAAAAAAUCAUACAAUUUCUAUGAAGUAGUACUUUUGGUUAACCUUGUGAUGUACAAAGAAACAGUUUAAUAAAAAAAAUUAAUACGGUAACUCCAAAGGAAAAUGAAAAAAAACUGGGAAGCAAAUUUAAUGAUGAAAAUAACAAAAUCGAUCAUGUUUUCGAUAGAACCGAAAAAAAAUUGGCCUGGACAAUGUUGAUGAUUUCUUCUUCAUGAUCAUCGUCGAUUUCAUCGGAUAUAAAGUGCAAAAACCUUUUACAAUAUAAAAAUGUAAAUAAUAUGAGGAAACAAGAGUUUAAAAGUUUUCUCACCUCUAACCUUACAUUUCCUCAACGUCUGAAAAUCCGUGUAAUAAUGAUCGGCAAGGUUUGUAUUGAAAGACAAAGAUAUGGGGCUAUGAUCACCAUGGUUUGCUUACUAAAAACGCAUCACCGAUACAGCACACCGACGUCCAGUUGUCGUAUCUGACCGAUAGAUGGCGCUCGAGUCACAGAGGGUAAAAACGCAACCCUCAUGACUCUUGAAUCCCAAGAAUUGGACACAACUGUCGAAAUAACAAAAAAGAAACGUAAUCCUUUAGAUACAAUGAACUAGAAAAGGGGUUCUACCUAAAAAUUGAUUUGGGAUACAUUUAAAGUAUAACUGGAAGUCGGAGACGACAGAAUAUGAUUUAAUUGUAACGAAGUAAUCAAAAUAUUUAUACCCUGUACAUUAUUGUAAGUAAGCGUAAAAAUGAAUUUGUUUGGAAACUAUGUGUAAAAUAUUUCUUUAUUAUACAAGUCCACUACCACAAAAUAUUGUUUAAAAAAAUGUUAAGGUUAUAAAAAUGUUUCUAUAAACACCAUAUAAACAAGAUACUGCACUGCCAUUUCAAAUAUAUUUCCAUCUGUUGUGUCAGUUUCAAUAACGUUUAAUUUAUUUGCUACAUUUUUUUCUAUAACAAAAUAAGGUGACUUGUUUUAAUGUAAAGUAACAAUGAACACACUAUUUAUUCUACCACUACACCAAUACUCACAAUUACACUGUCCGACGCGCGUUUCGAUAACCAAGUUAUCGUCUUCAGAGACAGAAGGCGAAACGUGGAUCAGACAGUGUAAUUGUAGAUGUUGGUGUAGUGGAAAUGUAAACAGUGUGUUCAAUAUGAAUAUCGCUUAUACCAAUAUAAGAACAUCCUAAUAACGAACUUUUUGAAGUUGACACAAUAGUUGAAUUUGUUGUUGAUUAAUGUGUUAAACAAAGUUUAACAUUGAAAUCACCAAUUUGGAUGUUGUAUUAUUCAUGUGGAACGUACAAGAACUGUUUUUAGCCUUUUAUGUAUCGUUUAUCGAUGCUUUUAUAGAAGCACAAUCGUAAAAUGUUUAGCUAUCGAUGUUAAUUGUUUAAUACUUUCUUUUACUUUCCGUCCUUCAUAUUGUAUUUGAUGUAUAAUCAUAAUUUUAGACUAUUCACUCAAAACGCAACAGACUGCUCAAAAAUAUUUUACAAUCUAGAAUAAAAUAUGUCGAUUUUUUUAUAAAAUUGCUACUUUGUUAUAUUUUUAUACAGCUAUAUAUAUUAUUUAAUAGAUAUUUUAUGCUUGAAUUACUUAUUCUGUCUGAAUUAACUAAACAAAUGUUAUACCAGUGGUUCUCGAAUUCUUUUUCCUUGUGAACAAUAUUUCUGGCUUCAAUGGACAUACUGCUAUUACAUUUCACCCAUAUCAAAGCUCAUUAACAAAUAAAUCUAAUAUCUAAAAAUGGAAAUUUACUUGAACCCCUAUCGAAUCCCUAGGAGUUUAUUUGGACCACUUUGGCAUUCCCUGAUCUAUCUAGGCUUCUGUCAAGCUUUUGGGCCACUUUGGCAAUUAGUCAUCUAGCGAUAGAAAUUUGUGUAGACUCCCAUCGAGCUUUUCGUGGACCUCCUAGGGUCUUUCCCCUGGAUCUCUGGAACUUUACCUGGACCACUGAUCUAUCGAUGGAAAUUUAUGUAGACUUCUGUCGAGCUUGCCAUCUAAUGAUUGUAUAGAUUCCUGUUGUUUCUAUCCCCUGGAUCUCUGGGAACCAUUGAUCUAAAUGUGGUACUUUUAGUACACUUUUAUCGAGCUUUCCGUAGACCUCUAGGGGUUUACCUGGAUCACUUUGGGAAUCACUGGUUUAUAUUAUUGUCAAAUGUUUAGAAUCGGUAAGAAAAUGUCAACUGAUACAAACUAUUUCUAUUUGUUAUAAAUUAACAAAUUGUCUAUUAAAAAUUUAUUUAAGUGUA